CGGUAGAAGGGGCGGAGGAGGUGCAAAGGGCGCGCUCGCGCGUCACGUGACCGGGACGCGCCGUUCUUCCGUCGGCCAUUUUAGGUGGUCCGCGGCGGCGCCAUUAAAGCGAGGAGGAGGCAAGAGCGGCCGCCGCUGCUGCUUAUUCUUUUUUAGUGCAGCCGGAGAGUGGGAGUGAUCGCCGCGCGAAAGUGGGAGGCGAGGGGGGCAGGCCAGCGAGAGGCGCAGGAGCCUUUGCAGCCACGCGCGCCUUCUCUGUCUUGUUGUGUGCUUCGCGCGGUAGAGCGGGCGCGCGGCAGCGGCGGGGAUUACUUUGCUGCUAGUUUCGGUUUGCAGCGGCGGCGGGUGUCGUCUCGGCGGCGGCGGAGGCAGUAGCACUAUGUCGGAGGAGCAGUUCGGCGGGGACGGGGCGGCGGCGGCGGCAACAGCGGCGGUAGGCGGCUCGGCAGGCGAGCAGGAGGGAGCCAUGGUGGCGGCGGCGCAGGGGGCAGCGGCGGCGGGAAGCGGAGCCGGGACCGGGGGCGGAACCGCGGCCGGAGGCACUGAAGGGGGCAGCGCCGAGUCGGAGGGGGCGAAGAUCGACGCCAGUAAGAACGAGGAGGAUGAAGGCCAUUCAAACUCCUCCCCACGACACUCUGAAGCAGCGACGGCACAGCGGGAAGAAUGGAAAAUGUUUAUAGGAGGCCUUAGCUGGGACACUACAAAGAAAGAUCUGAAGGACUACUUCUCCAAAUUUGGUGAAGUUGUAGACUGCACUCUGAAGUUAGAUCCUAUCACAGGGCGAUCAAGGGGUUUUGGCUUUGUGCUAUUUAAAGAGUCGGAGAGUGUAGAUAAGGUCAUGGAUCAGAAAGAACAUAAAUUGAAUGGGAAGGUGAUUGAUCCUAAAAGGGCCAAAGCCAUGAAAACAAAAGAGCCUGUUAAAAAAAUUUUUGUUGGUGGCCUUUCUCCAGAUACACCUGAAGAGAAAAUAAGGGAGUACUUUGGUGGUUUUGGUGAGGUGGAAUCCAUAGAGCUCCCCAUGGACAACAAGACCAAUAAGAGGCGUGGAUUCUGCUUUAUUACUUUUAAGGAAGAGGAACCAGUGAAGAAGAUAAUGGAAAAGAAAUACCACAAUGUUGGUCUUAGUAAAUGUGAAAUAAAAGUAGCCAUGUCGAAGGAACAGUAUCAGCAACAGCAGCAGUGGGGAUCUAGAGGAGGAUUUGCAGGAAGAGCUCGUGGAAGAGGUGGUGGCCCCAGUCAAAACUGGAACCAGGGAUAUAGUAACUAUUGGAAUCAAGGCUAUGGCAACUAUGGAUAUAACAGCCAAGGUUACGGUGGUUAUGGAGGAUAUGACUACACUGGUUACAACAACUACUAUGGAUAUGGUGAUUAUAGCAACCAGCAGAGUGGUUAUGGGAAAGUAUCCAGGCGAGGUGGUCAUCAAAAUAGCUACAAACCAUACUAAAUUAUUCCAUUUGCAACUUAUCCCCAACAGGUGGUGAAGCAGUAUUUUCCAAUUUGAAGAUUCAUUUGAAGGUGGCUCCUGCCACCUGCUAAUAGCAGUUCAAACUAAAUUUUUUGUAUCAAGUCCCCGAAUGGAAGUAUGACGUUGGGUCCCUCUGAAGUUUAAUUCUGAGUUCUCAUUAAAAGAAAUUUGCUUUGUUUUAUUUCUUAAUUGCUAUGCUUCAGAAUCAAUUUGUGUUUUAUGCCCCUCCCCCCCAGUAUUGUAGAGCAAGUCUUGUGUUAAAAGCCCAGUGUGACAGUGUCAUGAUGUAGUAGUGUCUUACUGGUUUUUUAAUAAAUCCUUUUGUAUAAAAAUGUAUUGGCUCUUUUAUCAUCAGAAUAGGAAAAUUUGAGGAAUAUAAAAAAUUGUUUGUCAUGGAUUUCAGUUAGUAGAAGCAUCAAUUUGGAAAAUAGUAAACCUUGUCGUAAUUGAGGACAUGGUUAAGAUUGCAGUGAAAUUUUAAAUGUUUUUAGUAAAAUCUAAUUUUUGCCACAGUGUCACCUCCCUGUCCAAAUUGAAAAUGACUUAAUGUAGUUAAUUUGUUUGUUUUAAUACUACUUCCUUAUGUAGCCAUUAAGAUUUAUAUGAAUACUUUCCCAAAUGCCCGAUUUUUGCUUAAUAUGUAUUGUGCUUUUUAAGAACAAAUCUGGAUGAACGUGCAAGAACCUUUUUGCACAGAUACUUAAUGUUUUGUGCUUCCAUUAAUUAAAAAAUAAGGACUAAGAAAAUCUGUUAAAUCGUAAUAGAAAUGUAGCUAGUUCAGAGAUUUUUAGGGCUGUGGUUGGUGGACUUAUAUUCCAUAGAUAUUAAAGUGUUGAGGGAGGAUUAAAGAAAUGUAUACUGU